AUGAGAGUCUUUGUCGAUCACCAUUCGACCCUGUUUGUCUGCUUUUCAAUCUCCGUUAACAAUGAACACAGAGCAUCACCCAUGGUCAAUCCACCUUCAAGCGAAAGCAAAAAACUUCAAGUUCAAAUUCAAAACAACUACAUUCAUACCCGCUUGUUACAACUUCUUUCACUUCUCACUUUUCCUCAAGAUUUCUUCUCUCAUUAUUCGAGUCGGUUCCGAUAAUAAUAAUCAGCCCACCAGACGAAAAUCAUUAAAAUCGAAGAUUACAGGGUUCAUUGAGAGAUUUCGGAGCAUACCCACCAAGAAAAAGGCUUCUGCUGCUCAUAAUUCGUCAAGAAACAAGAAGUUGAAAUCUGGUUCUUGUGAGGGGCCAGUUUGUGCUAGCACUGUGGUGAUUGGGAACCUUGCUCUGUUGAUCAAGUCUAUCUACGAGAAGGAUGUAAAGGGGAUAAUUAUACAUUGUUUCAGCAUAUUGUUAUACAUCUUCACCCUGUUGAAGACAUUUGUAAGGAAUAAAAAUAAUAAAGUGAUCGUAGUUUCAAUUACACUAAUGGUGGGAUAUCCUCUUUGGUUGCAUAUGAUGAACAAACCAACUCAUGGAAGAAGAACCUUUGCUUGGAGAUACAUUUGGAAGACAUUGAGUUGGGCUGCUUCUCAUGGGUUUCUUAAUGCAAUUUCACAUGUAAUUUAGAUUUGUUUGGAUCAGAAUUUGUUUAUUUGUAAGUUAACAUGAUUUCUUUUUCAUAUUUUGUUGCAAGAAAAAGAAUUCUAAUUAAUGAAUGAGUUAAUUGUAAAUUAUAGGUUGCUUUUGUUUUUCUGUUC